GGUUCAGAUCACUGUUGCCUUUCACCUCGUCACCGCUUUUCGUGAGUUUCUCCGCCAAAUCAAGCCACAGAAUGUGAGCCGAGCUUUUCCGACCAACUCGUGAGUCGCAUUGGACUUUUCUCACUAUUGGCAACCCUCGCGGGCUCUCGACGCGACAUGUUGAACUGUACUUUAGGGGUGGAGUGCAUCCUUCACGAGCACAACAGCCACCACCACCAUCAACACCAUCUGCACCACCCAAGCGAACAAGCAAAUCCCGGUGACGGUGACCAGGCAUCUCCACCCUAUGAGGUUGUCGACGUCAACGACGUCAUCCAAGGGCUUCUCAACACUACAGACUCGGAAUUAUCAUCACUAUCCCACUUAGAUGCACCGAACGAGGGCAUGUACAUGAUGAGUGGUAUGCUGAUCGCGAUGCUGCUGGUCGCUGUCAUUAUUGUACUUCUUGCAGUCACCAUCAGCAAGCUGCGAAAACGUGGCGAUGUGGAGAACGCUGAAUCCCACGUGCAGCAGCCAGCCGCCGCUGCCGCCCCAACGCUCGUCACCCUGGCCGAGCCACCGAUGAGCAACCUGUACGAGCCCACCACCGCCUGGAACUACCCUGCUGCCCACUUCUUGUACUCCAACACUGAUCAGGAGGCCAACAUCACCCCCCUGGCGACCCAUCAGCCAGGAUUCUGCAAGGGGAUGAGGAAAAACCUGGGUGGCAAGUGGAAGAGGCUGGUGAGGCGGAAAUCAGAUGUGAGCGCGGUGAGCCUCGAUCACCUCAAGCAGAUCUACGUCUACUGAUUUAGAAGAACACGUCUGAAGAAGAAAUCAAAGUUCAAAGAGACUAUGUCGAGUUGGAGUAGCGGAAUAGCCGACUGACUCGCACCGCAAAUUUCGCGUUGUGGGUCAUGCGAGUGCGUUGUUCCUAAAUUUUGUAAGAAGGGUCGAUUUAGGUGGUGCUGUUUAAGACUUAUUUGGCUCAUAUUGAGCUGUGUAACUGUAGAAUAACAAUAAAAAGAUAAAAAUACUUCA